AUGGAUGGUCAAGAUCCAGGUUACGGUCAGAAUGUACUACCUCCAUUACCAUCUCAUUAUAGUCCGAUGAUGGCACUCGGUGCUCCACCACCACCACCGUUGUCCUUGUCAUCGUCUGAUGUAAAAUAUAAUUUGUACGAUACUGGAGUCAAUGAAAGUAAACCAUUUAAUGACGUUAAUGGUAUGCUUCAACAAAUCAUGUCCAUUGUUGAUCAAAGUCUUGAUGAAGCUCAAGCACGUAAACACGCAUUCAAUCAAAGUCGACUUAAACCAGCAUUUUUUCAAGUAUUGUGUGAGAUUAAAGAAAAGACAGCUAUCAACAUUCGAAAUCUACCGGAAGAUGAACCACCUGAUUCGCAAUUGAUGCGAUUGGAUAACAUGCUGAUCGCUGAAGGUAUUGCUGGACCAGAAAGAACGGGUGGAUCAUCAUCAGCGGCAAGUGCUAAUGCUGCUGCCAGUAUUAACGAUGAUUCAGCGCUCGAACACGGUGAUUAUCGUGCAAAAUUAUCUCAAAUUCGACAAUUGUAUCAUAGUGAACUUGAAAAAUACGAACAAGCAUGCAAUGAUUUCACCAGUCAUGUAAUUAACUUAUUACGCGAACAAAGUCGUGCACGGCCUAUUUCACCACGAGAAAUCGAUCGAAUGGUAAUGAUUAUUCGAAAGAAAUUUUCAUCAAUUCAAUUACAACUGAAACAAAGUACAUGUGAAGCUGUGAUGAUACUUCGUUCACGGUUUCUUGAUGCUCGACGAAAACGUCGAAAUUUCAGUAAAACAGCUACCGAAGUUCUCAAUGAAUAUUUCUAUUCACAUCUAUCAAAUCCAUAUCCAAGUGAAGAAGCCAAAGAAGAAUUGGCUCGAAAGUGUAGCAUCAGUGUAUCACAAGUCAGUAAUUGGUUCGGUAACAAACGUAUACGAUACAAGAAAAAUAUCGGUAAAGCUCAAGAAGAAGCCAAUCUAUAUGCUUCGAAGUUAGCCAAUCAAGCAGCACAGGGUGUUGGCGGCAUACGUCGAGACAGUGACAGUUCUCAACAAGACAAGCCUGCACGUAAAAGUCGUUCUCGAGUCAAAAAAUGA